AUGGAGGGGGCGAGGGAGGUCGACCUGGCGCUCAACGAGGAAGAUGGGACGGGCGGAGAGAGGCAUGGUUUUAUAGGCGGGGGGGGAGAGAUGAGGAGGACAAGCGCGAAGAGACCGCGUGUAUGGAAUGAUGGGAUGAUGGGAUCUAAUGGAGAUGGAUCUGGCAGGCACAUCGAGGACCCCGGACCCCACACUCCAGACUUUCCCCGCAUUCAGCACUGGCAUCCUCCUGGCUGCACAUGCGAUCUCGGAGAUUUGAUUCUGCCCUCUGAACAUUCUGCCUUCUCCGCUUUGCAAAAUUCUGCAUCUGGACGCGUGGAACGACCCCUUUACAUGCGCGCCCGCCGUCGACGUGCGCGUGGAGAGCCAGGGCGCGUGAUCACCGGCGCGGGGUUGUUUCGCGUCGCAGACAAGGCGGCUGCAGCGCCGUGGUUGGGUAACCUCGUGGCCGGUUAG